UAUUUUUUUUUCAGUUUAGGAAAGAAAAACCUAAAAAGGCUGAAGCCUGAGGGCAAACACAACUGAAGUGACACGAGGAUUUUACAGAAUGGUUUUAGGGCUUAGACAAUUCAUCCAGAGAACCGGCGACGGUGCUGGACAGCCAAUUCUCGACACCGACAAUGGCGAGGAACUUAUGCACGUCCAGCCUUCCGUCUCCAUCGUCCUGGGAAAUCGCCCUCCCGACUCGCCUGGCAGUCUCUACAUCACCUCUAAGCAAGUUAUAUGGUUGAGUGAUGUUGAUAAGACAAAAGGUUAUGCUGUUGAUUUCUUGUCUCUGUCUCUUCACGCCGUUUCCAGGGAUCCAGAGGCCUAUACCUCUCCUUGUAUUUACACUCAGAUUGAAACUGAAGCUGUUGUUGAAGAAGAGGAUGAGGAGGGGUCAGAUUCAGAAUCUGGUGAAGUCUUAGACUUAUGCAAAGUCACGGAGAUGAGACUUGUUCCUUCCGAUGCUAGCUUAUUGGAUACCCUGUUUGAGAUCUUCUGUGAGUGUGCUGAGCUCAAUCCCGAACCUAUUGAAGAUGAAGCAGAAGGGCACAAUUGGAUUUUUAGUGCCGAUCAGCUGGAAAAUGAGGCUUCAGUAGGAGAAGAUUCUGGAUGGCAUUUUUUUCAGGAUCCAACAAACUCAAUUGGUCAUUCAAAUGGAGAUCAUGACCUAGCUAACACAGUGCUUCAGCUUCAAAUUAAUGAUCACCGCUUUGAGGAUGCAGAGGAGAUGGAACAUGAGAGUGAUGGCAGCCAUUAGUGAGCCUUAUACCUGUCUGUCAAUUCGUAGUAUGGCAGAGGUUAGCCAGGCGUUCUCUUUCUAGCCCAUGUCAAUUGGUAUGCACUGCAUAGAGAUUAUCACUGUACAUGUGUGUAGACAAUUCUAAUGUCACUUAAAUGAGUAGCGUGUUUAGGGCAUUGGAGUCCAUUUUUCAUGUGAUUUGCCUUUUAACCUUAUUUUAACAAACAAUUAAUGUAGAAGUACCAAAGAUAUGGAUGAAUGUGAUAUCAGAGGUUAACAAAACUGAUAAAGCAUCAGAACUUUUAGAGAUAAGUCUUAGGUUUGAAUUUCUAUCACGCUUGUGAAACUUUAAUUUGAAUUACUUACGAAACUUGUUCUGGAUUUGUAUGCACCUUUAGAGGAUGAUUGUUAAUGGAAGGAGGAUCAUUCUAUGUCGAACUAAAA